CAGACCCAGCUUUCCCCGGGAGACCUUUAUCGCUCAUUUGCCUAAAUAAAAUUUGUUAACAAUACAUAACAACUUCGCUUUCGUUCCCCUAUAUUUGCGAUCGCCGGCGGUGACCGGAGAUCGGAUAAUUCACCGGAGAAUCGAGACUCUCGGGACUAGGAAGUUUGGGAGAGGAUGAAGGUUUUUGUUAAGACUUUGAAGGGAACUCACUUCGAGAUCGAAGUGAAGCCUGAAGACAAGGUUGCCGAACUCAAGAAAAACAUAGAAAGUGUACAAGGUGCAGAUGUCUAUCCAGCUGCGCAACUGAUGCUUAUUCAUCAGGGAAAAGUUCUGAAAGAUGAAACAACCCUGGAAGAGAACAAAGUUGCUGAAAACAGUUUUGUUGUUGUCAUGCUGACCAAGAGUAAGGUUUCAUCAAGUGGAGCCUCAACUGCUUCAGUGGCACCAGCAAAUCUGGCUCAACCAACUACAACUCCACCUGCUGUACCAGCACAGCCAUCCACAACACAUCAGAUUCCUGCACCAGCUGUGGCAAUGCCACAGGCUGUACCUGAAUCUACCCAGCCUGCAGCUCUUUCUGUCUCCAGUUCAGGAUCAGAUGUAUAUGGUCAAGCUGCGUCAAAUCUUGUUGCGGGAAGUAAUUUAGAAACUACUGUUCAACAGAUACUUGAUAUGGGUGGAGGUAUUUGGGACAGGGAAACAGUUGUCCGUGCUCUACGUGCAGCAUAUAACAACCCUGAAAGAGCUGUUGAAUAUCUGUAUUCUGGCAUUCCUGAACAAACUGGAGUUCUACCUGUUUCUCGAGCUCCUGCUGGUGGGCAACCUGUUAACCCCCCAGCCCAUGUUCAGCAACCAGCAGCACCUGCUGGUGGUCCCAAUGCAAACCCACUGGAUCUUUUUCCUCAGGGCCUUCCGAACAUGGGUUCAAAUGCUAGUGCAGGUACCUUGGAUUUCUUGCGCAACAGUCAACAGUUCCAAGCCUUGCGAGCUAUGGUGCAAGCAAAUCCCCAAAUUUUGCAGCCUAUGCUUCAGGAGCUUGGAAAGCAAAAUCCAGGGCUUAUGAGGCUCAUCCAAGAGCAUCAGGCUGACUUCUUGCGUUUGAUUAAUGAGCCUGUUGAAGGCGGCGAGGGGAACAUUCUGGGUCAGUUGGCCUCAGCAAUGCCACAGGCUUUGACUGUGACCCCUGAAGAGAGAGAAGCAAUUGAGCGUCUUGAAGCUAUGGGCUUUGAUCGUGCCCUUGUGUUGGAGGUGUUCUUUGCAUGUAACAAGAACGAGGAGUUGGCAGCCAACUAUCUUUUAGAUCAUAUCAACGAGUUUGAGGAUUGACCAAGUGGCUCUUACGGGUUUCCUUGCUUUACUUUAGUUUCUUUUUAUGCAUCUGACUUUUCUUUUGUAUGUUGGGUGAGAAUACUUUUGUCGAUAACAGUUUCUUAUACCAAUUAUAUAUUCUGUGGAGUAUUUGGAGCAAA